AUGAGCGUAACCGUCGUUCUUGGUUCGCAAUGGGGAGAUGAAGGCAAAGGCAAGCUGGUCGAUAUCCUAUCGGCUGACUUCGACAUCUGCGCACGAUGCGCAGGUGGCAAUAAUGCCGGACACACAAUCGUCGUGCCCGUUGGACCGGAGAAGGUGAAGACCACCUUUGCUUUCCAUCUUCUCCCAAGCGGUCUGGUAAACCCAACGUGUGUGGGCCUGAUUGGUUCUGGAGUUGUUGUCCAUGUGCCUUCCUUUUUUGAAGAGCUCGAUGCCUUGGAGAAGCAAGGCCUGAACUGCUCGAAUAGAAUAUUUCUUUCAGAUAGAGCUCAUCUCGUGUUCGACUUCCACCAAAUUGUAGACGGCCUGAAGGAAGUGGAGCUCGGUGGUUCCAGCAUCGGAACCACGAAGAAAGGCAUAGGCCCGGCUUAUUCCGGGAAAGCCUCUCGUUCGGGCCUCCGAGUGCAUCAUCUUUUUAAUCAUGAUACCUUUGCGCAAAAGUUUCGCAAGAUCGUGGAGGGUCGUUUCAAGCGUUAUGGCCAUUUUGAAUAUGAUACAGAGGGCGAGAUUGCGCGCUAUAAGGUCGUUCUUGCACAGCGACUAAAACCUUUCGUUGUGGAUAGCGUAGAGUAUAUUCACGGCGCGCUGGCAGCGCGCAAGAAGGUCCUCGUUGAAGGUGCAAAUGCGCUCAUGCUUGACCUGGAUUUCGGGACGUAUCCCUACGUCACCUCAUCGUCCACCACAAUUGGCGGUGUAUGCACUGGUCUUGGCAUACCUCCUAAAGCGAUUGGACACACCAUUGGAGUUAUCAAGGCAUAUACCACUCGGGUUGGAGGAGGACCAUUUCCAACUGAGCAGCUUAACGACAUCGGUGUCCACUUCCAAGAAGUUGGAAGGGAGUAUGGCACAACCACAGGCCGAAGGAGACGUUGCGGUUGGCUGGAUCUCGUCGUCAUGAAACACUCGAGCCUCAUAAACGGAUAUGAUUCGCUCAACUUGACGAAAUUGGAUGUCUUGGAUGAAUUAGAAGACAUCAAAAUCGGAGUCAAGUACAUGAUCGACGACAAAGAACUCCAAUAUUUCCCAGCCGAUCUUGAUGUUCUGGCCAAAGUCACAGUGGUCUAUGUGACGCUUCCGGGGUGGAAGACGCAGAUAAGCUCGAUAACAUCGUUUGAUGACCUCCCGGAUAACUGCAAGAGUUACGUAGGGUUCAUUGAGAAUUUCUUGGGUACGCCUAUAGAAUGGAUAGGUGUCGGACCAGGACGUGAAAGCAUGUUGAAGACCGGCAGGAUAUUAGCGUCGAAUUAG